AUGCUGGCAAGUCGAGUACUGCCGCCGAUUAUUCGGUCGACAUCACCCUAUCAACCUCCAGCUCCUGUUGCGACGUUCUUCAACGUGCCCAGGCGAUACGUCAAAUCGAACAUGCAGGUUAGCGACAGUGCCUCGACCUCUUCUCUCACUGAUGAUGCGGCGAAACCCUCGCGGAGCUUGCGCAAAAGUAGCAGAAUCCAAGAAACCCGCACGGCGCCCACGUCAAGCCCGACUGAGCACAGCAAAAGAGAAGAGCAGCCAACGUCGCCUGAUGCCACACCUCCCCGUUCAACGAAGAAGAGAGUUGCAUCGCUGGAGGAGGAGGUCGUGGUGAAUGGGGACGGGGUUGAUGAGAUUUCCAGUCCUGUUGAUGAUAAACCACCGCAAAGUGCUACUUCUACAGCGUCUUCUGAUCACACAGGUCACGUCUGUCUCUGCUUGCCGGAGCCAAAGAUACCCCGCCCACGGAAUGCAUUUAUCCUUUAUCGGCAGCAUCACCAGCAAAAUAUCAUUGCUCGCAAUCCCGGCCUCAACAACCCUGACAUUUCCAAGAUCAUCGGAGAGCAAUGGAAAGCGCUAAGUGAAGAGCACAAGAAGGUUUGGCAAGAUCUAGCACAGGAAGAAAAGGCUCGACAUCACGAGCAGUAUCCUGAUUACCGCUAUCAGCCUCGACGGGGUGGCAAGCCUGGCUCGUCUCCAUUGAAUCCAUCGGGACAACAUACGACUGUUGACAGAUAUCGUUGUCCCAGGUGCGGUGGCCGCAGUAUUAGAACGCCCACCAGUCCGUUCCUUGACUCGGCUGGAACGCCAACGCUGCCGCCUCCCAACGUGUCUGAAGGGUUGACUCCCACAACCCGGUACCUCCCCAUCAUGACCAAUCUUACGCUUGAGUCACCAGUCCGCCGCCGAGCUCAUGUUCCAUCCCAUCUAAGCAACAUUCAAGUCUCUGGCUCUAUGCGUGAAGAUGGAGCCAUGUACAGUCCUCUUACGCCCAAUAAGAAGCGUCGAUUUGAUUAUGCAGCGCCGCCAACGAACAAUGGCCGCAGGCCAGAGGGACCUUACUACGCCCAACAUGCGAGUCGCCGUGAUUCGCUUCCUCCGAUACAUGUGCGAUACUCACCUCCUAAUAGUGCGACCAUGCCACCUCCGCGCACCCCUAGAGAUGGCCGGAGACCGUCGAUGAUCGAGACGGGUCCGCACGCGCCAGAAUCCAGCCCUAGGACUGUAGAAGAGGUGCUGAAUGCGUUUCCCUAUGCCAACAAGAUCAAGCUGCUCGGCCGCAUCAACCCUCCUUAUAGGGCGCUUGAUCCAACAUGCACUGAAUCCAAUCGUGGUGCCAUCAUUGCGGUCGAGGGCGACGACCCCGCCGCGGUCGAGGAGCUCUCCAAAUGGCUCAACAGUUAUCUCUUCCGCCAAGAGGAGUACGCCCCCCGCAUCAUGGAACCGCCUCAGAUGCCCGAGGAAGGCGAAGAGGUAGGGUUUGAAAGCUACCUCGAUCUGAUCAAAGAAUGGCAUGGCAAGAGUAGGGAAAUGAUACGAUACAUCACCGCCGAGCCUACAGCCAAAAGCCCGCAGGACACACCGGCCACGGCCUCGGCAGGCCAGUAUGCUGCCGUCAGAGAAGGCCAAAUGGACCGCAAGGAUUCGGCCACACCACCGGAAUCCUCGCCCACGUCGAUGAUCCCCAGCGUGAGCCUCCGACCGGUCAUCAUCCUACCGACCUUCCAGCUCGCAGCCUCGGUCGCGUUUGCGUCGCUCAUCCCGAUCCAGGAUGCGUACAGCGCGACGGACCACUGGCAGUGGAUGGCGACGCUGUGGCGUGGGACGGUGGGACCCGAUCUGACAUUGUAUGUGCGGACGUAUGAGGGGAAGGAUGUGUUUGCGGGGGCUAAGCCGGAGAUGGACGAUGCGGUUAGAUGUCUGACGAUUUUCAAGGAGAGGGAGGGGCAGUUUGCGGUUGCGGAUUUGAGGCGGGUGGGGUUCGAGGUCAAUGAGUGGAUUCAGGGUAUGAGGAGUGGUUGA